AUGAAGCAAAGAUCUUCUUCAGACAUUUCCAAUAUGCACCUCUCAUCCGAUGUAGUGAAUGAGUCCGACGACAACGAUGAAGAAAUGGGGCAAACCUCUAUCAGCCCAAGUAUUAAUGCUUCUGGUAACGAAUUGCUCCGUGAAGAAGAAAUCGAUGAAUUACUCAUGCACAAAAAGCGGGUGAAUAGAAUUGAUCGAAUUGGACCACCCUCAGACGCAAAGUCGCUCGAGAAAUUAUCUCCCAAACGCUCAAAUAUCUUAUCAUCAGUUUCAAUCAAUGAGACUUGUUCAGGAAGUUCAGGGUUUGCAAGGAAUGAAAAACGGGCGGAAAAGACUCAGAUGUUAAAAAAUAAAAUAUCUAGAGAUGACGGGCAAUUAAUGGUUGAGAGGGACACACGAAUUUUAAUGGAGAAAAAUUACACAGGAUCAAGUAGUGACGAGGAAGAAAGUAAUGAGCCCGCAGAGCAAAGGUUACUUGGAGUACCGAGGAAAAAGAAAAAGUAUAAAACGGUGCCAAUAACAGUGACCCGCAUCUACUUUGUGGCUAUUUUAUUAUUUGUGUUUCUGGGCUUGUUUUUUUGGAAGAAGACGUGGUCAAAAACAAGCGUUUCGAAUUUUCAAUUACUGAAAAAUAAUGGUACGACGCCCUUUGCACCUACGACAAUCUUAAUCAGCUUAGAUGGCUUCCGCGCAGAUUUUCUUCAUAAAGGUAUAACACCUAGGCUCGGAUCCCUCGUUAAGGAGGGAGCUUCUCCUCCGUAUAUGAGACCCAGCUUCCCCUCAGUCACAUUUCCAAACCACUAUACGUUGGUAACUGGCUUAUAUCCCGAAUCCCAUGGAAUAGUUGGUAAUAGAUUCUGGGACAAAGAAUUGAAAGAAGAAUUCUUUCAUACAGGUUCAAGUGCUUUAGAUCCUAAGUGGUGGGGAGGAGAGCCGCUAUGGGUCACUGCAGAGAAGCAGGGUAUGAAAACAGCGAUACAUAUGUGGCCUGGAAGCGAAGCCCAUAUAAUGGAUAUUAAGCCGACAUAUUUGGACAAAUAUGAUGGUAAGCUAUCCUUGUCGAAAAAAGCUGAUAGGAUUCUGGAGCUUCUUGAUAUGCCAGGAUAUGUAAAUGACGAUACUACGCUUAUAAGACCUCAAUUGAUAGCUGCCUAUGUUCCAAAUGUUGAUGCAGAUUGUCAUCUCUAUGGACCUGAAAGUAACGAAGUUUUGGCCACAAUUCAUGAGGUUGAUAGCAUGCUGGAAAAGGUUUUUGUUGGACUUGAAAAAAGAAAUUUGACGAACAUUGUCAAUUUAGUGAUUGUAUCUGAUCAUGGGAUGGCAACAACAGACGUUAGCCGAAUGAUACAACUGGAAGAUUUGAUAGACCUCGACGAAGUUGAACAUAUUGAUGGAUGGCCACUUUAUGGACUACAUCCUAAAGGAGAAAUUAACGAGAUAUACGGAAGACUUUCGACAUUGGCAGAGGAGAAUGAAAAUUUUAAAGUCUAUCUUAAAGACAGUAAUAUGCCAGAAAGAUUUCAUUUUUCCAACAACCAUCGAAUUGCACCUUUAUGGAUAGUGCCGAACACUGGAUGGGCUAUUGCUACAAAGAAAGAAUUUGAUGUCAAGGAAUCAAUACAGAAAGGCAUACAGUAUCAUCCGCGAGGCUUGCACGGUUAUGACAACGAACAUCCUUUAAUGAGAGCAAUAUUUAUCGCCAAGGGACCAUCAUUUAAAAAGGUACCAAACAGUCUCUUAGAGCCAUUCCAAAAUAUCGAGGUCUAUAACAUAAUUUGCGACACUUUAGGCUUAGAACCUCUAUCUAACAAUGGUACAAUGCGUUUACCAUUGGUUCCAACUCGCCAAAACGGCUCAGAAGAUAAUGAAUCUAUGAAAUUCAACCCAGAAUUUAAGUCAGAUUCGGUGACGUUGACUCAGUCUAUUCCUAGCUCUGGAAUGCCUACUUCCAGUGAAUCAAUGUCGUCCUCUACCCAAAUACCAAAAAUUCCAGCCUCUGAGCUUCACGAAACAGCUGCUGUUCCAGAAGCUUCAAAAUCUCCUGAAAUAGACACGAGCUGGAUGUCGGAAAAGCAAAAAGAAUUGUUGGAAUGGCUACGAGCAAAUGCGGAUGAUAUGAAGAGUUGGCUGAAUGAUUUAGCUGCAGGAAACUAG